AUGGAAAAGAUUAAUAUAGCAAUUUCUGGUCCUUGUGCAUUAGGAAAAUCAAGUGUUGGUUAUUUGUUAGCAACAAAAUUAAAUUAUCAAUUUAUAGAAACCGAUUUAUUUUAUCAAUAUCUAGCGUCAAAAACAUCAAGUUUUGAUGAAGAAGAAUUGAUAAAUAUUUUAAAUAACGAAGAACCCAAAUAUUUAUUUCAGAAAGGUUUUGUGGUGGUAGGUUGUGAUUCAACAACUAAUAUUCUUCCUGAUGUUGAAAUUAAAUUUUAUUUAACAGCUAAUUUUGAAACACGUGUUGAUCAUCAACAAAAACAAUUUAAUUUAAACAAUGAUAUGUGGUUAGAUAUAAUAACACGUGAUUCUUCUUUGAUUAAAAAAACGAAAAAAAUAUCUGAUAAUAUUGAUACAACAUAUCUUGAAAUAUCAGAAGUUGUUGAUUUGAUAUUGAAAAAUACUGAUGAUUUUGAAUAUUUUGUUCAAAAAAUAGCUGGAGUAUAUGGUGUAUCAGCUAAUAAAGUUAAAGUAUAUCAAGGCAAUAAUAAUCGUACUGAUAUUAUUGUGAAACAUAUCGAUUCAAAACAGGAAAAAUAUUUUAUUUGUUUUAAUUAUGAUAAUAAACAUGAAUGUGUAGACGCCGCAACCCAUGGAAAUGGGAUAAUUGCCUAUAUAAUUCAAGUUACUGAAAGAAAUGGUGGAUUAGAUUUAUUACUAUCAUAUCAGGGUAAUCAAAUAUGUGUACAGUAUAAAGAUAGAGAAAAUGCUCUUACAUUAUCUAUAUUGAAAGAAUUUGAAUUCACAAUGACACAUUUUAAAAAUUCAUUGGGGAUUUUGGUUUAUAAUAGUAAGACCAUGAAAACUAAAAAAUAUUUGACAAAACAAGCUAAACUUUGGUUGGAUAAUUCAUCACAACAAAUAAUUGUAUGUGAUGAAGAACAAGUUGUUAACAGAAUCAAAAACUUUUUUGAAAAUAAUGAAGAAUCAGAAUUAAUUUUAACUGAUUUUCAAGCAGAGAAAUUUUUUUUGAAUGGAAUUGAUUCUGAUAAUGUACAUAUUAAAAAAAUUAUAUUAAAAAGAAGUGUCCAAUAUUCUCCUUAUAAAAAAAUUAUUCAUUGUAUUUAUCAUUUCUAUAACUUUUUAAAACCAAAAGAAAAAAACAUUAUUGUUUUUACUGGUGCUAUCGGAUCUGGUAAAUCAACUGUAGCAAGGUUAUUUAAAAGAUAUUUACAAAAAAGAAGAUAUGUUAUUUAUCUUCCUAAAGAAAUGUCACUCCAAUUGAAAGAUGAAUUAGAAAUAUUUUAUCAAGAUACU